AUGUUCUUAACAAGGAUAAGCAAAAAACGUAACGUAUUACAACUUUUUCGAGCUAAAGAAUAUCGUCAGUUUCCUCGCAGCAUGUCGAAUCCAGGUUUAACAUCUGAAGCUCAAAUUAGAUACAUACUUCAAUGGUUUGGGGAAUUUAGUGAACUACAAAGGGAAGAUUUUCUUCCUAUAUUAGUUGCAGCUCAUAACGGAAAACCUGAUCAACUGGCAUCUACACUUGCUUCAUUGACAUGUGAUGAUAAGCCGGUCAGUUUGUUUCAGUGUCGUAUCAAAUUAUUUAAUGAGUGGUUCCCAACAUGGUCAGAGGAAGAACAAGAUAGGCUUAUAAAAGGAGUGUCAGAUAUGGAUUCAGAUUUUGGUACUAAAUUACAAGAUGCAUUUGUUAAUGGUGUAAAAAUAAAUGGUCUGGAUGAAGAGCAUUUAAAAUAUGAGUCACCUAUUGUUCCUGUCGAGGUAAAUGACACAGAGAUAGUUAAUAAUGAUAUUGAAUCAUUGGCAGUUUCACAAGAUAAUUUAAAUGUGGAAAUUGCAGCUGCUUCC